UUGACCUUGAGAUUUUAAGCGGCUUUAAACGUUUAAAUAUGUCAGGAUUUUCAUUUGGGAAGCCACCAACCACUAGUGCUUUUGCAUUCGGGUCGUCUCCUUUCGGAGCAUCUGCUGGAACAAAACCAACAUUUGGAGUUAGCACAACUACAACAUCAUUAUUUUCUCCGGUUGUUUCAUCGAAUUCAAAUACUGCUGUAUGCAGCACUUCACUCCUUCAGAACCCUUCUUCUCUGUCCUUGACAUCUACUGGAUUCGGUACAGUCGCAACCACUUCAAAUGCUUUUGGUUUGUCAUCAUUCGCUAGCUUAGCAAAGCCAUCUACAACGGUAUCUACUUUCGGUAUUUCCACCAUCAAUGGUUUGGGAACAAACUCAAAUGUCACAUCAGCCUCACAAUCUGCUCUCAGUCAGUCAUCAGCUAAUCCUUUACCUAACCUCUUAAAACCUGCUACUACGACUAGUAAUGUUGGAAGUCCAUUCGCUUUCGGACUUACUACCACUGUUACCACUCAAAGUGCAGUAACUCCUUCUCCAAUCAGUUUUGGCACUUUUUCUUCGACGACUGUGUCUACUGGGGCUUCCACGGCCUCUAUUGUAAAUGUCAAUGCAAGUCAGCCGGCCAUACCUAGUAGUAUUGGUUUUGGUGUAUCUUCCGCUUCACUAUCAUCUUCAGCGUUAACAUCAACAGCAGCAACAAUAGCAGUGGCAUCUUACAACUUUGGGAACCCUAGUCUCUCCACAUUGGCUAAAUCAACAGCGGCUUCUGGGUUCGGGACGUCAUCAUUGGGGAUUGCAACUCGAACACUGGGUGAAACAGCGACGACUGCAGCAGCAAUAACUACAUCAUUAUGCGCUACCAUCGCAACAGCAACUACUUCUGUUCCAUCCGCCACUACCACAUCUAGUGUAUCCGUCACAUCCUCUCAAACUCUUACUUACAACCAGUUAGAAGAAUUGGUCAAUAAAUGGACUCUUGAGCUUGAGGAACAAGAAAGAUAUUUCUUCGAUGAAGCAGAUCGUAUUAAUCAAUGGGAUCAAACUUUGAUUUGUAAUGCAGAAAAUAUAACAGCUAUGUACAAAAAGGUAGAAAUGUGUCAAUGUGAACAGAGUCGUCUUGAGCAGGAAUUAGAUUUUAUUGAGGGUCAACAACGUGAAUUGGAAAGUUUACUAGAACCACUAGAACGUGCAGUGAAUGAAUUACCACCCGGUCAGUUACAUUCGGAUUAUGAACGUGAAGCUAUAUUUCAAUUGGCUACAAAUGUCGACUUAGAAUUAGGUCAACUAUUGACUGAUUUACGUGAAAUAGCCGAUCAAACAAACACCACUACAAUGAAUGUUACUACUGGUUUCAAUUCAUCGGAUAGUAGUACAACUUCUACGAAUACCACUAAGGAGAAUACUAUGAUUAAUGGUAAUAAUAAACUAACUUCGUCAAAUAACGGGGAUAUUAUGAAUCAAAUUACGCGUAUUCUGAAUUGUCAUAUGCACUCACUCAAUUGGAUUCAUCAUAACACACGUAAGUCUUCUAAUGUUAUAAUCUGUAGUAAUCAUAUUUAUAAAAACCAGUGUUAAGUUACUUCUUACGCCUGUUACCCAUAGUGGAGCAUAGGCCGUCUAUCAGGAUUCUUCAACCAAGUCUGUCCGGGUCUCUCCUUUCCAGUUGUUGCCAAUUGCUAUUCAUUCUUUUGAUAUCUGUCUCCGAUUCCUAGUGUAGUGAGCCCUUUUGUUUGCCUCUUUUCCUUUUGUCGUCAGGAUUCUAAGUUAGGGCUUGCCUUUUGCGUAUUCUGGGUAAAUAACCUUAUUAAUUCCUGUAACUUUUCUGGUGGUUGUGGUAGUGCUCCACAUUUCAGUUUCCUACAAUAAAACUAUUUUGAUGUUUGCAUUGAAGAUUCUGGCUUUGAUGUUGCCUAACAGCUAUUUUGAGUUCCGUAUAAUCUUAAAUCCUAGGAAUGCUGUUCUUGCUUAUCCAAUCCAUACCUUCAUAUCUACAUCAGCCCCUCCCUGUUUAUCGAUGAUGCCUCCUAAAUAUGAGAAAGCUUCGACAUCGUUCAGAGUUUCUUCGUUGAGUGUAGUUGAGUUGAUGCUCUCUACGUUGUAUUUUAGGAUCUUGCGUUGAGGCCUACUGAUACAGAGGUCACUGCUACAUUAGCUGGCGUGACCGGCAUUUGUUGAUGUGUGUGAGAUAGAAGAGCUAGGUCAUCUGCAAAUUCCACAUCGUCUAGCUGCAUGCAAGCUGUCCACUGUAUUCCGUGCUUCCCCUGAGAUUUUGUCUUUAUAAUCCAGUCGACCACCCAAAGAAAGAAAAAAGUAGAGAGUAAGCAACCUUGUCUGAAACCCGCCCUCACUUGGAAUGUGUCUGCCAGUUGUCCUUUAUGCAUCACUUUGCACUGUAGUCUGUCGUAUGAAUUCCGUAUGAUGCCAACGUUCUUCUCAUGUACACCAUAGUGUCAAUGAAGGUUACACGAAGUUCUCCUGUUUACACUGUCGAAUGCUUUCUCAUAUUCAAGAAAGUUGAUGUCUAGUGACGAAUUCCAUUCAGCUGAUUGUUUAACGAUGAUCCGUAGUGUUGCGAUUUGGUCUGUAAACGAUUAAUCCUCACGAAAUCUACCCUGUUGAUCUCGAAAUCGAGUGUCUACUGAAUCCUCGUUUGGUUCAACGGCACUGUUGGGAAUGGUAUUUCGGUGCUUCUAUAUUUUUCGUACUUGCUCAUGUUUGCAUGUUUGCAGGUACUUCUUUGUCUGACUUAAGUGCUUCAGUCGGUAUAUUGUCAGGUUCUGCUUCUUUCCUACUCUUGAUUUGUCUGGCAGUCAUCCUGACUUCUUCGGUCAUUGGUGGGAUGACAUUUAUAGGAAUGUCUGUGCAUGCUGUUUCGAUGUCUUGUAGGUUCGGUGGGAUUGGUCUUUUCAGGAAUUCUUCAGAGUGCUUUACUCACCCGUUCCGCUGUUCUUGAGUCUCAAAAAUUUCCUUGCUUUCUUUGUUGUUGACUAGUCGCUCUGGUUUGCUGUAUUUCCCUCUAGUUUCUUCGUUGUACCUUAUGAUUGUCUCAUAUUCCUUUCUCUUACAGUUUUUUCUGCUGUCUUUUCUAGGUCUUCCACGAAUUUAUACUUUUCAGUCUUAAUGCUCUUCUUCACUUAUUUGUUUGCUUCAGUAUAUUCGGCUUGUGUCUUGAUUUUCUGUGCUCUUGUUUGGCUGUUGUUAAUUACUAUUAUGGUUACUUCGUCUACCUCAAUAUUCUAACCUUGAUAGAUGGCAGUAGAGAAGAAGGGAUUCAAAUAGAUUAAACAUAGAAUACUUCAAGUGAUGUUCAUCAUCAAUUACUAUAAAAACUGAAAAUGCGCACAAUAUUGCGUUAAUAAAUAGUUAACGGUAAAACCGUACUAAGCGAACAGCCAUUAGCGACCCAUCAGAAUUAAAAUUACUCAUGUUUUAAGUAUUAUCGCGAAUUCAAAACGCUAUUGUGGGUACCUUGUUGCUGGAAAUCAUGAUUCUGACCAUGUUUGUAUUUUGAAAGAAUCGGACAGUGAUAUUCUUAUGAAAUAAAUUGUUGAGGUGAAAAGGUGGGGUCUAGCUGGGCUACGGUACUAUAAUUCGCAUCCUAAUUUUGCCAUAGGUGCCCCUAACACAUUCACUAAUAGUGAUAAAAUUAAUAUCCCUCUGAGAUUUUAUUACUUUUUCUGUAUUUUAUAACUUGUCCACAAAAGUUACAUUCUUAAAAAUCCCUUUAAAUCAUCAAUAUACGAUAGUUUUAACGGACUAACUCUCGUAAGAUAGUUGCCAAAUAACAACUCAAUAUACUUUCGCCUUAAUAUUCGCAGAAAAAUAAGCAAGCUUUUUGAGUUCGUACUGAGAUUUUUCCAGUCAUGAAACCACCACUGGGGCUGACGAGACUAUGGUUAAACUAAGCUGAUACUGACCAGUCGUCAAACAACAUUCUGUACAAAAAUGGGAAGAGUCUCAUCCAAAACAUUUGUGUUUUUUUUAAAUCGAGGUGUUCAAAGAACAGUCUUAUGAGAGCGUCUUUCCCACACUGAACUAUGUCAUCUACGUACUCUAAAUCAAUAAAUGAGUCUUUGAAUAGGAGGUCAAUUGUAUUAUGCCUGAAACAUCGUUAUAAACCCCAAAUCGCAACAUAUGAAUUAAUCACAUUCUCUAGCUAUUCACUUAGAAAUCCUUCUUUUACAAACUUUAAUCAUUUUUACCCAACCAAGUGCAUUUGACGCUAACUGUACUAUGAGUACUUAGUGAACUUGAGGUUUAAAACAAAUUACUUUUUUUGUACAGAUUUGUAAAACAUACUUUUUGACUGAUUAAGUGUAUUAUCACUAGAGCUCUUCUAGGCGGACUGUUUUUCUUAGUUUUCAAAGUUGAAUUAUUCGUCUCUAAUGGAAAAUAGUUAUUUCAAUUGGAAAGUCUUCUUAUUGAUUUGGUUUCAAAAAUGCUAAUUUUUAAAUAUGUAAGUUUGUUGAACUUCUAUUUUGCUUAUUAACAAAAUAGAUGAUCUGAAGACCAAUUUGUGUUUAUUAAAAAGGACUAAUAUGAAAUGAAGUAUUAAUGAAACCAAUCACUUCUGUAUAGAUUUUAAACUUAUUCACCGACUACGAGUGUACUUAAUCAGGUUUGAGCAGCAUCUUAAUUGUGUAUGUAAUGAUCAAUAAAAUAUUAACUGGUUGUUCAUACCGAUUUAAAUCAUAAGCAAAGUUCAAAGAUUUAUUCUACCGGUUAAAAACCGAUUGGAAUUUAAUUGCUAAGUGCGGUUAAUACAUCCUAGGGACAAACUACUCAAUGAAUUAACAACUAAUGAUAUUAAGACUCAUAUGGUUAGUAGUAGGAACUAAGCCUGAAAUUUCUGGAUUUUUUCCCCUUAUAAAAUGUUUUGUAGCUGAAUAUGAAAUUAACUUUCAACUUUUGUUUUUAUUUCAUAUUUAUAUUUUCACAGAAGAAAUAAUGGAUCGUUUAAAAGUGUUGAAUGGUGUUUCAUAACAAAGUGAUUUCAGUUUAGAUUAUUCAUUGUCAAUAAUAAAUAUGUAUAUGAUUAUGUUUUUUAUUGUUAUUUAAACAAUAAAGACUAUUUUGACAUACUU